AAUGCAUGCUUGUUAUAAACUGUGAUGCUACAGAGCAGCGCUCCGAGUGGUAGUGAACUAACAAUAGUAGCUUUCAUACUUGCCACCUACAAGUCAGCUAUCUUGUGUAAUACAGAGUUCCAAACCCUUUAUUUCUAGUUUUGUUCCCUGAUGGCAUAUAAACCAAGGAAAACAAUGGUUUGUGCUUUCACUUGUUGCUGAGAGAGCCAGUAGUUGUCACAAAGCAAGAAAGAAAAAGUCACUAGAGGAAAAUCCUUCAGUUAGAUAUAGAAAUCAAUAGCAUUUAAAAGGCUGUACAAGAGUUGGUACUUGCUUAUUCUUCACACUCCACAUGGCAGAAGAUUACUUUCUGGAGAAUGAAUGCUUGUUCCCAGACAUUGAGCUCUUUGUGAAGGCUGGUAGCGAUGGGGAGAGCAUUGGAAAUUGCCCAUUUUCUCAGCGUCUCUUUAUGAUUCUGUGGCUAAAAGGUGUUAUAUUUAAUGUUACAACAGUAGACUUGAAAAGAAAGCCUGCAGAUUUACAGAACUUAGCACCAGGAACAAACCCUCCCUUUAUGACUUUUGAUGGUGAAGUGAAAACUGAUGUCAAUAAAAUUGAGGAGUUCUUAGAAGAAAAGUUAGCACCGCCACGGUACCCCAAGCUUGCACCAAAGCACCCUGAAUCUAAUUCUGCAGGAAAUGAUGUGUUUGCCAAAUUCUCUGCAUUCAUAAAGAACCCAAGGAAAGAUGCUAAUGAAAAUUUGGAAAAAUCCUUGCUUAAGGCUUUAAAGAAGCUGGAUAACUAUUUAAAUACUCCAUUGCCUGAUGAAAUUGAUGCCUAUAGCACUGACAACGUUACUGUUUCUAGUAGGAAAUUCCUGGAUGGAGAUGAACUCACCUUAGCAGACUGCAACCUCUUACCAAAGCUUCAUAUCAUUAAGGUUGUGGCAAAAAAAUACAGAAAUUUUGAGUUUCCACCUGAAAUGACAGGCGUCUGGAGAUAUUUGAACAAUGCAUUUGCUAGAGAUGAAUUCACAAAUACUUGUCCUGCAGAUCAAGAAAUUGAGUUUGCCUACUUGAAUGUUGCAAAGAGAAUGAAGUAAUGGAAGAAAAGACCACUCUGCUUUUCAUUUCUUCCAAGAUUUGGAUGGGAAUGGACCAAGAUAAAGAAAAAAGAGUUGUGCAGCAUAACUUCAAGUUCUGUCACUGGCCAAUCCUUCUUUCAUGAAAACUAUAUGGCAUCAUCUGGUCACUUGUGUGCCAGUUUUUGAGUAUGUACAUGAUAUAAGCACACAUGCUUAUGUGCUUAUCUAUGUAUAUACAAACUGGCACACAAUUAGAUUCAUAGAUGUUAGGGUCGGAAGGGACCUCAGCAGGUCAUCGAGUCCGAACCCCUGCCCUGCAGAGGAAAGAGCGCUGGGGCCAGACUACUGAUAAUGCUGAUAAGUGAACAGAUAAUGCUAUAAUAUUGUUAUAGCAUACAUGUGUGUGUGUUAUGCUUGCUGUAUUAAAGACAUUGGAUUCAAAUGCACACUUUUAAUAAAAUUAAAGUAAUGGUCCAGGUCACACAAUUACUGCAAUUUUUCAGGCUGGUGAUAUGCUAAAAUACUAAGAGUGUAACCUGUUUGUCAUGUAUAAACUGUCACUAUUGCUGCCUCCUAUUUCUGUUUUAUUUCAGAGCUAUUGCCAAACUUGGUAUUUGUCUUUGUCUGUAUCAUCUAUGGCCUCCAUAAAUCUUGCAAAGCCAUAGGUCAGCUCUUGGCUGCACAGCAGACUGGUUUAUCAAGGAAAAAGGUUUCCUUCUAUGUGGAACUAACUCUGUCUUCUAAAACAUCCAGUUCUCUGUUUCAGAGACCUAUAUAUAAGGUCAAUGGAGGUUUUCCAGGAAGGGGAGAGAAGCACAGGUUGUUACUAUGCAGUAACAUUUGGUAUUGGUAUUUAAAGAGGGAGAGCUUCUGGCCCCAUUAUCAGGAGGAGAAGUAGGGAACUGGGGUCUCACUUCUUUUAGUCCUUUGAUUCUUGUUAGUUUUGAAAAACAAUAUGGAAGGAAGGGCCUAAGAAAGAAGCAUACCUCUUCCUUCUUCCUAGUUGAACUCCAGAACAUGCAAAAUGGCCAGUACCGAUGAAAAUAUACUCUCUUGGCCCUAGAAGAGUUGGUCAUCAGAAAUCCAUGGACUCUGAACUGGCUACAGCCCCAGUAGUUGCUUUCUUUUGGUAGGGAGCAUCAGAGAUCAUGUACAACCUACAGUUGCUUAUGGUGGGAGAUGAAACUAAUUUUAGCCUUAUGGUCACCAAAGUCUCUCUCUGAUGCUUUUGCACAUUUUUUAUAGGAUUUGAGCAUCUCUUAAAGCAAUCUAUUGGUGCAUGCUAGGUUGCCAUCAAGUAAAGUUAAAAUAAUAGGAGGUGUCCAGAAGAGAUUUCAAUCUGAGAAAGCGCCAACCUUGCUUGUAUCAAACAGACUCUACUUUUACAAGUUUUACGUAUGAUGGUAUCUUUCCAGUUUUCAGGUAAAUACUUCAUGUACCCUGUUUAAUCCCAAACAUGUACAGUUCUGAUGUACAUUUUAUGUCACUGUCUUUUUUAAAUGGUGUUAAAAUACUUAAAUUGUAAAUUCGUCAUCUUUAGCAAAAACGCUUAACCAGUUUUGUAAUACCAUACUUAGGUUCUGGGGGUUGAUAGCUGAGCAACAAAUGCAACAAAUGUUACUAGCUUCUGCACUGUAUUUUCAAGUAAAAAAAGUAUAUAUAAAACCAAAAAACCUAUAUACUCUUUUCAUAUGCAUUACAAAUUUGACUAGAAAAUACACAAAUUCAUAAGUAAAUUGAA